AUGUCCAAUUCUCCAUCAAAUAAGAGGAAGUUUAAAAUACAAUAUCAUGUCGUAACACCUGGUAUGUAUUUUGAUGACUCUGUUACCAAGAUUGCUACUCAUAAACGAAGAGUUUCCUCUCAAGGCAAAAUAUAACCAAGUAUAUUGGAGAAUUAUGAGUGUAAAGUAUAAAAUGUCUUUGAAAAACAAUUACAGGAGACAGAAAAAUUACACAAUAAAGUGAAACCAUAGAAAGAUCAGUUAACUAAAAAAGAACUCAUCGAAAAAUUAGUAAAUCAAAUGUAGGAUCAUUUACAAUAGAAAGAGAAAGAGUUAUUUGAAACAAGCAACAUAGAAGAUUAAAAGAGAUUAGAGAGAAGAAAGUCUAUUUUUUAUUAAGAACAAUCACAUUUAGCGAUGCUUGAACAAAUGAAAGAAAGAUUUGCAUCCUAACAAGAAAUCAAAAAGUAAGUUGAUAGAAAAAAGACUAAGCAUCCAUCUGAUUCAUCCCCAAUGAGAGGAACUCGGAAAAAAACUAAUUUAGAAUGCCAGUUAUAUGAGUAAGAACAAAUUGAAUUUGGUUUAUAAGAGUAUUAUAAACUUUAGAGAAUCAAACACAAUGUUGAAAAAUAAUUAAAUCGUAUGGGACUGAAAGAUUCCUCAGGUACUGAUGAGAGAACACGCAAAUUAUCGCUUUUAUAAAAUUCAUCUUAAUUAUUACAUAAUAGUGUGUUAACAUAAGAAAAAUCAAAAUCUAAAAGUAAUCCAAAAACUCAGAAUACCAAUAACAUUUUAAAAAGAAUCAAAGAGAAAAUUCAACAUAUACACACUAAUUACAGUAAUAAUAAUUCAAUGAGUACACUUAUUACAUGUUGUGAUUAAGAAAUUGCAUAAUUGAAGAGAAUUGAUAAUGACAUCAAUAAAAAGAAGAAAAUUUAGAUUAAAAAGUUCAAAGUAAUUUAAAAUGACCUAGAUGCAAUAGGUUUUAUGAGAUUUCAAAGGGCUAAAAUGUAAUGA